AUGGCAGUACAACCUUUGUUCCAAGGACCUCCGGCAUGGGGCCAGCCGGAGCGAAGAAAGCAGGAGGUCUUCACGCGCAUUCUGAGCAGGCACACCCCAGUUAGCUACUCUCAUCCUGAGACUAUGAGCAUCUUCACCAAGUCGGGGAGUGGGAGGGAGGCGGAAGUUCGGUAUGGCCAGCAGUCGCCCCUCCCCUUCGCUACCUUUGCACAGCCUUCUCCUCGUCGUACCUGGCCUGCUAUAACCCACCCCCUUCCUGCCCUGAAGCCUCUCAACAUGGAGCCGUUUCAGCGCUCGAGCUCCUUUGGCUUCGGUCCUUCGAUUCAAGUUCGAAUCACGAAGCACACAGGAGAGAGUUCGCAGACUGCGACAGAUGCGGCGAGUGUGGAAGCUGCGGAGAUGGCAGCGAAGACGGAUGUAGCAACAGUAGAAGAGGCGAACAAGGCUGAUACAACAAUGGAGACAGGGAAGAGUGCAGGAGGAGGAGGAGGUGGUGGAGAAGAACCUUCAUCAGCUAGUGCACAGCCUUCAUCCGAUCCUGCCCCUGCCCCUGCCCCUGCCCCUGCCCCUGCCCCUGCCCCUGCCCCUGCUCCAAUGGACUCCGAAGCUUCUGUGAGCGAUGGGUUAGCGAAGCAAGAUGAAGGGAAGGAGGACGUGAAGAUGCGUGCGAGGUCGAGUCAACUUUUGGGUGGAAGGAAGGGGAUGAUGCAUCAACUAAACAACGAUCAUUCUACUUCUGUCCUCGUACCUCAGGGCAAGCAUGCAGGAGAUUUCUUCUCUGCAGAAGUUGCGGGACAGGGUCCCAUGUUGGUUGAAGUGCCUGACGGCGCGAGACCUGGUGAUCGACUUUAUCUAACGCAGGUUCCAACUGGCGCUGGCGAAACUUUGGAAUGGGUGUUGAACAAGAAUGAGCAGCAGCCGAGCAUGGAGGGCAUUGAGGUCAGCAGAGCGGUGCAGGAUCGAAAGGAUGCGAACGCACGGGAGACUGUAAAUAGCGGGUGGGAGUGGGGGAGUGAAGCGAGGAAGGAGGAGGGGGAGGGGGAGGGGGACGGGGUGUCUGGUCUUGGGCUCUUCUAG